AUGGAAUCGGGCAAAUCCAAAGAUACGAGACAAGCUUGUACGAGAUGUCGCACCCAGAAACGGAAAUGUGAUAAAGGACUCCCUAAAUGUGGGCUGUGUAUGUGCCUGAAAAGAGCGUGCACCUAUGACACCAGCUUAUCACCGCCCGAGGAAUCUCCUGAUUCAUCGGAGCCUUCGCGAGGUCUAAAUUCAGAAACCCCAGCCUCAUUCUUGUCAUCAGAAGAGGGCAUCAAGGCAGCUAUCAUGCGGAGGUUUUCAGAAACUACACCCGAAGAGGUGGCCACAGGAUAUUAUCGCAGCAUCCAGACCUGGUUUCCCAUCAUCUCUUUCUUGGAACUGUGUGCGAGGUUACCCGGAACAUGGGAACAAGCAAGCACAGACAUGUGUCUCCUAUUCAUGAGCAUGUCCCUGCUUCGACAAGUUCCCGAGACCCAGAUCAUGGAUGGUAACUGUCGGUUACCAAAGGCAUUAGAAUCCUCGUAUCUGUCGCUCAAGAGCUGGAUCGCCAUUCUCGAGGGAAGGGGGAUGAACUCUCUCGAUUUUCUCCACGCAAAAGCCCUCUUAGUGCUAUUUGAAGUUGUACACGGCAUCUUCCCCGCAGCAUACAUAACCAUUGGCGCCUUAUUCCGAGCAGCGGAUGCUCUUCACAUAUACAACAGCGGUCAGACAAAUGAUUACAGCGAGACGUGGCGGGGGAUCCUGAUACUGGACAGAUGCAUUGCUAUUGACAAGAAGCACUACCCCUCAAUCAGCAGCUACCGAACCUUUACCAUCUUGCAGACCAAUCCAUCACCACCUGAAUCACCUUCGCCAACCCCUUUCGCAUUUUCGCGCCUGUUCGAAGCCUCUGAUAUCCUUUCGGCGAUACACAAAGCUGAGAAACCAGAUGGAUCAUUCAUUCUUAGCGACAUACCGCACCCCGCUACCCUGGACUCAUUCAAGAAAACGUUGGAGGAGGAGGUCCCUCAUGAGUUGAAGGUCUAUAGUGGCAGUUGGGCUAUUUUCAAUACUGCUUUGCUUUUACUGCACGAAAAAGACAGGCCAGGCGAUGUACGAGAUUCAGACGUGUUGAUACCCCGCAUUCUAUCCCGUGCGUAUAGAGAGGAAAUGCUUUCAGACAUCGCCAACGCAGUCCGGCCAUUUGUGGAAGAAGACUCCGUUCUAAAUUUCGAGCUUUUUCUUCCUCCUUUCGUUACAUACCUCACGUAUAAAUGUGCUACAAUCCUUACGGCGAGGUUGCAGAUAGGAAAUAUGACUCUUCCAAGCAUCAAGAUGUUGAAGUUGAUGAGGAGUUUCUUGAAACUAGUUAGUGGCAGAUGGCUUAUUGCAGCAUACUUUUUGCGCAUGAUUGAUGAAGAUACUACUCCUCGGAUGGCAAAGGCCUUGAGUGAGACUAAAUAG